CAUAUAUAUUGUUACAGAUCUAAUUAAGUACGCAGGCUGAAAAUCCUUAGUUGAAGAGCAGGAUCCCAUCUUCCUCCAAGUUCAAAGAUUUGAAACUAAUAGCCCUGCAAAUUGAGCUGGCAUACUAGAAAACAAUGGCAGGAGUGAAGCUAUUAGGGUUUUGGGGAAGCCCUUUUGGUUACAGAGUGAUAUGGACCCUAAAACUCAAGGGCAUAAACUAUGAGUAUAUAGAGGAAGACCUUCGUAACAAGAGCCAGUUGCUGUUACACCACAAUCCAGUUCACAAGAAGAUUCCGGUGCUUCUUCAUGGUGACAAAGCAGUAGCUGAGUCCCUUGUAAUCCUCGAAUACAUCGAAGAAACAUGGCCAGAGAAUCCACUGCUGCCAACAGACGCUUAUGAGAGAGCCAUGGCUCGGUUUUGGAUCAAUUUUGGAGAAUCAAAGAGUGCCACUUUUUUUCAAUUCUUUAAAUCCGUUGCUGGGGAAGAGCAAGAGAAGGCCAUAAAAGAAACAGUGGAAAUACUGAAAAUCAUAGAAGAGCAAAGCCUUGGGGAUAAGAAGUUUUUCGGAGGGGAAGCUAUAGGACUGGUGGACAUAGCAUUUGGUUGGCUGGCUUACUGGUUUGAGGGCACAGAAGAAGCCGUAGGUACAAAACUGCUGAAUUCCACCACAUUCCCUCGAUUACAUGCAUGGAUUCAGAAUUUUAAGCAAGUUCCAGUGAUCAAAGAAAAUCUUCCUGAUCGUCAGAAAUUGUGGGCACACUUGAAACGCUUUAGGGAGAGUUUAAUUCAAUAAACCCCUCCAAGCCGAAUUAUGAGGAUGGAGACUUUGUACCAAGUUUUCAAAAUACUUCCUUUGUUGUCACAUAGAAAGCUGUGUGAUAAAGAUUUAAAAGAUAAAACUUGUGAAUGUUUUUUCUAUGAUUAAUGAAUACAUAUCAUGUAGUUAUGAGUUGAUCA